UGCCUGACAUUUGUGGUGCAAAUGUUACUUGUCAUUUAUCAGACCAGGCCUGAAUGUUGUCCAGGACUUGCUGCCUAUGAACACGAAAUGCUUCAGUAUCUGAGGAGUUGCGAAUGGUUAGAGCUGUGUCACCUGCUUCCAUUGCACUGAGAGUUGUCUGUGUUGUUUACCCUCCAGUGCUCACACAGGGGAGCUGUCAUUCCAAACCACUGUCUGUCUCAGCAGUGUCUGUCUUCAACCUCUCCCACCAGUCCAAUUGUUUCAAGAAGGCCAAUUUAACCUUAGACCAGAUUGCCAGACAUCACCAAAAGAAAACAUCAAUAUGUACAGAAGCUCCCGCUAAAGCACCUGCGACAGACAAGAGGGAAAUACCUGAAUAGAUUCUGCAGCAUGAUUUAUCUCCUGCUUGAUUUUCUUUCUCCCUUCCCAGAUCUGUAGGUUGAGUUCAUGGAGUCUUGAUGUGAGCAGAAGUCCACCAGCUUUGAAGACCUCAGCUGGAAUACCAUUGGGGCCACAGGCUUUGUUUUUCAUCUGUUUGAUUAUUUGUUGCAGCUCUCCCAUCGAUGGUGACUCACCCAUGGAUUCUACCACAGGCACUGGGGGACAGACUGGAGGGUAUCAGCUUCCACUGUGGAUUCGUGGUUGGGGAGUUGGUCACAAUGUUCUUUCCAGCGUUAACAGAUGGCAUUGUCAUCCUUAAGAAGGGAAACACCAUCCUGUGAAUUAAGGGGAUUUUGUCCAUUUGACCUCGGUCUAUAAAUGACCCUGGUGACUUCAGAAAAGCUUCACAUGUCAUGAUGAUCUGCAUAUUGUUGGACCUCUCAGGCUUUCUCUUCCCAUCACAUGCCCUUUAUCUUCUGGAUUUAUCUUUGGGCAUCAGCCUUGAGCUGUUGAAAUGCUGCCUUCUUGAAUUGUGACCUUGGGUUGUUCUGCCAGGCAAUGAAGGCUGAUUGUUUUCGUUUUGGAGGGUCACAUAUUUCAGCGUCAUGUUCGUCGAACCAGUCCUUGUGAUGAUGAUACUCGAACUCAAUGGUCUGGGUACAGUUUAGCACAGCUGAUUUUGUUUUGAUCUCACUGUUCAGGAAUUGAGUUGUAUGUGUGAAGAUUUUCCAGAUUGGUCGUGAGCUGCACCUGGAAUUUCUCUCUUCAGUCGGGCCGUUUUAGGGUUGAGUCAUUGAUCUUCUUCCUCUUGAACUUCUGAGCCUUGUGAUGUCUUGCUGCUGGGUGGAUGGUCAUCACCAAUUGAACAAGUCCAGAAGGCAUCAGUCCCCCACAUGGAUCGAGUGAUACCAACAUCACUUAGAACUUUGACUUGGUUUUAGACCUUCCAGAGGAACCUCUGGCAUGGUCUUUGUCGCCAGACAAAUCCAAGAAAAAUGUCAAGAACAACACUCUCUUCGUUACAUUCAUCAGUGUGACCUAAGUAUUUAACUCAGUAAAUUGUGGAUUCUGCUCCAAUGAUUUGGAUGUCCAAGAAAGUUCAUCACAAUCCUGCAAUUGUUUCAUGAUGAUAUGACUGCAGUUGUCUUGAGUGGGAGAUCUGAAACAGAAGUCUUCAAAAUUGAAACUAGUGUCAAGCAAGGCUGUGUGAUAGCCCACAAUCUAUUUACAAUCUACUUGACAGUGACUAUUGUUGCAAAUAUCUGGUUCAGAGUUCAUGUUAACAUUUUUAGAGGUAAUCUUUAUUGCUGGCAAGAUUAUUGUUGGCUAAUGUUGAAGCUAACAAGAUUCCACAGUGAAAUUUUAUUGUAUGUAUUGAGGUGUUGUCAAUUGCUAAAACUUUUCUGGAGAGGGAAGGUUUAUCCCCCGAGUGAUUUGCAACCAUUAACCAUGUUUAAGUUAAUAGCAUUAGCAGAGGAGUUGAAGUUGGAGUUAAAAACAGGGGCUAAAAAAGCAGGCAUAACUGAGGUAAUACCACCACAUUUGGGAUUGGAAGAAGAAAAGCCUGACUCCGAUAGGACACAGCUUGAGUUGGCUAGAAUUCAGUUGCAGAUGAAACCACUUGAAAUAGAAAGGGAAAGAGAAAAGCAAAAACUCAAAUCCAAAAAAGAAAUGAAAAGGUUUGUCUUUGUACUCCAGAGAGAGAGGUUAACAAGGGAGGAGGAGGAUAAGGAAAAAAAGGUUUCAAAGAGAGAAAGAAAUCAAGACAGUAUGAACUGGCUAAAGAAGGACUUAGGUUACAGGGUGAAAGAAUAGAUCGUAAUUCAGAUGAUGAGUUGGAUCCACUCAGAGUUUUGAUUUAUCUAAGAACCAUGGUCAAGUGUCUAAAUUCACUGACAAGGAGUGAGAAAUAUUAUGCUUUGUUUGAGAAAGUUGCUAUAAAACUAGAGUGGUCAAAAGACAAAUGGACUCUUAUUUUGAAAAGCAUAUUAAUUGGCAAGGCAAUGGAUGUUUAUUCAAGUUUUUCAGCAAAGCAAUCUUCAAAUUAUGAGACAGUUAAAACUGCAAUACUUAAUGCAUAUGAAGUUGUUCCUGGAGGAAAACAAUUAAAAUUUCAAAUUUUAAAGAAAAGACUGAAUGAAAUGUUUGUAGGAUAUGCGAGGAAGAAAGCAAUGUUGUGGGACCGGUGGUAUCAGGCACUGAAACUUAGAACAAAAUUUUGAUGAUUUGGGAAAGCUCAUGAUCUUGGAAGCAUUUAAAAGUAGUGUUCCUUUAGUUAUUCAAACUUAACUUGAAGAUUGGCAAAUGUCUAAAAUAAGCAAAGAUACAAAUUCAGCUGAUGGAUAUGAUAUGUCACAUGGACAGAUAGGUUGUGGUAAAUCUCCAUUUGUAAACGCAUAUAAGAGUUGGAAAGGUAGGCCCAAUGCAAAAAUAAACAGGCUUCGAGUAACAGUGGAGAAGGGGAUAGCAAGAAGGAGAGAGAUUCUAUCAAAGGUAAUCAACAAGAUAAUGUAGAAGACAGGGUGAGUCAAAAAGACUGACAUGUUCUCACUGUCAUAAAACUGGACAUGUGAAAGCAAAUUGUUGGAGGUUAAAGCCUAAAUCAGAUGCACUGUUGCAAAUAGCGGGAAUUUGCAGAGAGAGAACUGCAUCGGAAAGUGAAGCUUGAGAGACCCAUUACUUCUGAUGUUUUUACAAUGGGAGUAGAUAGAGAUGUGGAUGAUUAUAAAGGAUUUGUAUUUGUUGGGGAAGUGUCCAUUUUUAUCGAUGGAAUGACCUAAAAAAAAUUGUUAAUCUACAGGAUGCUGGUUCAGCUCAAAGCUUACUGUUUGUUAAAGAUUUGGACUUUUCAAAUAGUUUUCUGAAUAAAGAUGUAUUAUCAAGAGGUUUGUUUUAUUAUAUUUCCUUCCCUAAAGGACAUAAGAUAGGAUUUUACAGCAAUAAAUGAUAGUUUCAUUGCACCAUUACUGAGACUAGCUUUUAGUUACAGAUUUAAUUAAUUGAGUUAAAAUUCCACCAGCUGCUAUGGUGGGAUUUGAAACCACAUCGCGAGAACAUUACCUUGGGUCUCUGGAUUAAUAAUCCAAUGACAUUACCGCUAAGCCAAUGCACCAUCCCUCCUCACCACCCCCCCACCACCACCACCAAAGUUACAACCGCAAAAUGAUUGGAAUAAAUUAACUUUUGAAUUGUGUGGAAGGCUCAUGAGCAAGAAAAUGGAAGGUUUAAAAUGAUGAGGACAUUGAUAUUGUUCAGAAAGAAUGAAAUAAAAUUCGAUCUGAAUGUGAUCGGGAGAAACUGAAGGAUUUUAAAAUGUCCAAAAGAUCAGACCAGACAAGAAUGUCAAACCUUUCUGCUUGAACACAAAACCAUCCCAGUGACAUUGUAGGAACAGCCAAAAAGGAUUUUCUUCAAAGAAGAAGACAUUUUGAACUUGUUGACCCAGACCUUUCUGAUUGACGCUGAUCACCUGAAAAAGUAGAGACUCACCGGGAAGUGAUUUUUCAGGCCAUGUUUUCGAACCUGACUUCUCCCUGGAGUCUCCGUCAUAGCCAGCUGGGCAGACCUCAUCACAGCACAGGAGAUUCGAAGCCACAGCCCCCAUGAUGUGAGAGGAGCUGGGAAUGUCCCUUAAGGGCAGCCAGCAGACUGCUUUGGGUAUUAAACAGCCAGAAGCUGGCAGUGCAGGAGAUUGUGCAGAGGAAGAGAAGUCAGAAUUUCUCAGAUGAAGAAAUGAACAUUCUCCUCACUGAGGUGGAAGCGAGACGGAACCGCAUCCUAGGAGGUGGAAAGGUGAAACCGCCAAGGAAAGUGCAGUCCAUUGCCUGGAAGGAAGUAGCAACUGUAGUCAGCACGAAUAGCACAGUGCGACGGACGGUGGAUCAAUGCAGGAAGAAACUUCAUGAUUUGAUGCGUGCUGCCAGGGCAAAGCUGGCCCAUAAUGCCCAGGAGCGCUUGUUGAUUGGAGGGCAUGUGCCAUACAUCAAGGACCUGACGGAUCAGGAGGAGUUCACAAGGAAGCUGUUUGGCCUCUCCAACUCCACGAUAACCAAUGGUGGAUCAGAUAUGGGGAUGAGCGAAGAUACACAGGUGUCCAUGGACACAUCAGAUGGUGAUGCAGGAGAGUUGGCAGCAGCAUCUGAGAUUCCUGAAAGGGGCGAUGAGGAAGGGACAAAGGUGAAUAACUCACAGCAAUGUGGAACAGCAGCUGCAGCAGACGAGGGAGAGGAGUGUCAGGAGAUUAAGAUGUCUGAUUUGGAGGGUAGUGUUGGUGAGAUUUCAGUGGUAAAGGUGAAUGUUCUGGUUUGUGAGGAGAGGGAGGCCUGUGAUGUUAUGGCUGCUGUGGUGGAGGGAGGGCUCUCAGAAUCUUCAGGAGGUGGGGAACCUGCGGCUUUGGGAGCAGAAGCUCUGCCAUCUCCACGAGCACAUGGACAACAUCAGGCCCAUGCUGGUGGUGAAGAAAAUGAAGAUGAUCUGAAGCUUCUUGAGCGCUUGUAUCAGGAACAGGUUCAAAGUACUGAGAGUUAUCAGGCCACUUCUAACUUGCUUCAGCAAACUUUGACUGAAUUUAAGACAGAUGUUAGCCAGCAUCUGCAAAGAAACAAUGAGAUUCUUCAGCAGCAGAAUGAGGCUCUAAGACAGCAGAAUAUGAUUUUAAACCAGCAUCUACAAAGAAACAAUGAGAUUCUUCAGCAGCAGAAUGAGGUUCUUUGUCAGCUUCUGCAACAAAGCAAUGAGACUUUGAAUGAAAUGAGGCAGAUUCUAGCUCAGAUUGUAGUGCCUGCACCUUCUGGCCAGCAGCAGCCCAGUGUGGAGACAUCUGCUGCUGGGCAUGUCUCUGGCACAAGAGAGGUCACGUCCCGGGGACGAGGGAGACGCAGAAAGAAUUAGGGUCUGUUCCUCGACACUGUUUCUUCUACCACAUUAUUUCCCCCCUCCCUUUCAUCAUGAGGGAUAUUUUUCUGUUUCUUCGGUCUGGAUUUUUGCCACGACAUAGAGGCAAAAUGGCAGAAGAGGCCUGAAACUGGACCCGAUCAUGGCACCUACCAUUUUCGUGGGGCCAAGAAUGGGUCAGGUUGGGAUUUACACAGGCAUGUUUCACAGAGGCAGCUGUCCAUAGAAAUCAGCAGCUGCCUCCAUUCAUGUGAUUUUGGAGUGAGAGGUGUCUGAAACCUGAUGUGAGCAGAUUAGACCCAAUAUGAGCAGAUCUGAACUUCAUAGAUUCAUUUGGAGAGAUAAGGUCCUCCGUUGGAGAGGAAAGGUAUCCAAUUGGAUUUGGUCCCACGACACCUUUUGGGGAGGUAAGCUGUCCUUUGGGAGAAGUAAAAUGUUCUUUGGGAUUGCUAAAAAAGGGCAUUAAUGUCUAUGAAAAGUGUAUAAACUUAUUGGAACUGUCAAAAACAACUGUCAAAAGUGUCAAGAAAAACUGUCAGGAGGAGCUGUCAAAAACAGUUGUCAAAAGUGUCAUGUUGAACUGUUAAAGGGAGCUGUCAAGCUAUCAAGACUUUUAAAACCCCUGCCCUUUAACACUUUAAAGAAAUUGUCUGGAGUUAAAAAAUGAUUGCCUGAUAUUUCACUCGUCUGUUGACAUAAACCUGGAUUAGUGCUGCAUGACAGAUUUCAGAACCAUCCAUUAUAACAAUAGGGUGCCUGCCAUUUCACAGUUUGAUUGACAUUUCCAAGUGGUUAUGGAUUCUUUGAAGUGGGACUAUUAAUUCCAAUGAUUGUUUUAUAGCAAUUAUGCAGUUGAACCAAAUGUUUGUUGUUCCAAGGGAUAAUGUAAUUGAAGGAAUGUAAAUGUAGUAAUUGGGUUUUUAAUGAAUGAAUGUUUUAAAAAAAAUAAAGUCUGCAACAGACACUUGGAACUUCAAUUCAUUUAAUCUCAGCAUGGAUCCUGAGGUAUGCCCAUUGUGGAUAGUGGGUGAGCUGAUAUGGGUGGUGUAAGUGCAAUGGGUGU